UCAAGGGCGCAUCUGUACCUUCCGCUGCAGCUCGUGUAAUGUGCCUGGCUCCGACAGGCGGCUUCGGAACCGGCGGAUCACCUUCGCGACCUGCCUGUCAGCACCAAUUUCUGUCAUCUUGUCCAGUGCGCCCGUCAGCAACGCGAUGCUCUUCACACACACACACAGGCAGGUGGACAGGGAAAUGGAUUCUUCUCCUGUGUGUCUUUGGGUGUGCGUACGUGUGGCGCCAGGGAGGGCAUCAGGAGGGUCAGCCGGUUCACCGCGGGGACCAGGAAAGACGGAGGCGCCAGGGACACUCGAGCAAGAGCGCACGUCUGCAAAAAGCCAACACACACACAUCCACAGGCUCAUUCAGAGUCUGUGUGUCUGUGCUGACUGACCAUGGCGACUAGGUCCCUGCCGUCGCUCCGCCGGAUGCAGCCCGUCGCACGCCAAAUUAGCAGCUCCCACAGCCGAGCGUCCUUGUACCUGCAUUCAUUCGAUCACGUGUAUGUGUGUGGUGGGCGUGGCGUCCUCUGUCCGUCUGAUCCAUCCGUCCAUAUCAAACCACCUACCCACCCGAAUUUGGCGUAUGCGUUCAUGAUGAUUGCGGUGGCUCUUGGAGAGAAUGAGCAGAGAAACUCUUUCGACAGGCGAGAGGCCACCGUCUGUCACAGCACACACAAACGCAUGUUUGUGUCUGUCUGUCUCUCUCUCUGUCUGUCUGUCUAUGUCCUUGUGUGUGUGUGUGUGUGUCGGUCACUGCGACUGGCGGUGACCUGAAGCAGGUAGGUGUUCAUGAUGAUUACACGCGCAAAGGCAUUCAGGGCCAU